CUCGAUUCAUUUGAGAAGCCAUAUAAACAACUCGAGCUCGUGUCUCACCGGGAUAUCCAAACACUCGAAAACAAUGUAUGAAAACACUCGCGCUUCGCGCUCGUGUUCUCAUACAUUGUCAUUUUCUCGUGUUUGGAUAUCCCGGUGAAACACUCGCUCUCGUUGUUCAUAUAUUACAUCAAAACCAGUAAUAAAUAAAUGUAACUAUACGUUCUUGCUUCUUGACAUGCAAAAAAGAUCUAAAUAUAAUUACAUUCGAAGGUCUGCAGGUGAAGCUGUUUUACGCACACAAGUCACAAGGGAAUCCAUGCAAGGUGAUUAAAAAGUUGUACGCUGUUAAUGCUCUGGUAUCUGUGUCUAAUAUUACACGUCUCUGUCUAAUGUCAUGAUUGUCUAAAGUCAUAUGAUACUUUACUCUGCUUAACACCAGACAAUUUUACUCAUCAAGGGGAGUGUUUUUAGCAUUAAUGAGUUAAAGGCACACUGUCACCUGCUGAGUGAUGUGAUUUAGUCAGAGUCAAGUGACUUAACUUUUUUUGUUCAGAAAAAAACCAUUGAACAGCAGCGUAGGGCACAUUAGGGUGAAUGCAACUUAAUGGGUACAGUUCUCAUAUGAGAGUAAUAAAUAAAAAUAUAAUUUAACCCUGUCAUAUGAUAGUCACAUCAGGGGCGUCGGAGCAGCUCUAAAAGUGUGUGGGGGGGGGGGGCUUCGGCAUGCCCCCAGAAAAAUUUUAAAUCUACACACAUUUUAAAUCUUGUAAUAUCUACACACAUAACUGAAAUAAUAUCAAUUAAAGGUGAUGUAAAGUCCAUAAUGUAAACAAACGCUUUGUUUACAUUUUGAACUCAGUGCUACAGUUGUAAAAUAUGAUUAGACAUAUAUUAUACUGAAUUUUUAACACUCUUCCGGUUCGCUAUGCUUGUAAAUGAAUGCAGACUAGAGAUUCAAUUCAAGAAAGUUCGGAAGGUGCGAAAUAUUAACAACAUUCCAAAGGUUGCUCCCCUACUGAUGGAAUGUGUUGAUGUGCAGAAUAUAUGCGCAGAACGGACUUUACAGCAUCUUUAACUUUGUGGUUUAUUAUUGACCAUUGUUAAAAAAUGGGGGGCCCCAAAGACAUUUAGGUCCCCCAACUAAAAAAGUGGGGGACCGGACCCCCUCCACUUCCGAUGCCCCUGGGUCACAUUGUGGUUGUUGAAGAAAGUGGGUGCGACUCAAACUUAACUCUUCUGAAAUCAUAAGUCUCUGAUGGUAAAAUAACUCUUUGAUCGCAGCACCAAUGCAAUAGUAUAUCAGCCUAUUGUAUGAUGUAUAUCUAGAAAUAACAGGUGUCAAACAAGCAAUCAAAUUAUUUAAUCAAUUCUCCCAAACAAAAUACAUAAUUAACUAAAACUAUUUCUAACCAAAUAUACAUAUAUGCAAGAGGAACUAGAGCUUAAUUACCCUAUAAUAUGUAGUACCCCGCCCUAAUUUAAAGAAAAUUUAUAGUGUCACCAUAAAAAUUAAAAUAUACCUAUAUAUUUUACAACUACUUUAUGGUUUCAAAAAGUUGCAAUUUGUGUUAUGGGUCAAAAGUGACAGCGACAUUUUUUACAAUAAAACAAGUGACAAUUAAGCACUUCAGCAACAUUCCGAUAGUCACUUUGGCUAUAAAGCCUUGUUUUCAACUUUUCAUGUAGGUGAUAUUAGUUAAAUACGAAAAAUAUGAAAUUUCUGAAAAAAUGGGGUGCUCGCUUUUUUGUCCGCUUAGCCAUGGCUAUUGUCUCACGCAUGAAGUCGAGGCCAACGUGACCGCACCUUUAAUUUAUAGUUUGCAUCAUCAUUGCAUUACGUAAAUCGGUAUAAAUAGACGCCAUAUUUGUGACUUAAACUUUGAUAAAAUUAUCUUUUUGGAUUUUAAAAAAGCUAUUAGAGGUAUUAAAACUUACUUACAUUUUGGUAGUAUUCGUAUUCUGUUUCUUCCUCAAGUUAUUUGUGGUGUAUAAACCGUUUCUUCGCUGUAGUUUCGUUUCCGACAUUUUUAAAUUUUAAUAUGUAAACUCUUUAUCUUCGAAAGCUUGUAGUUGUUUGAAAUAAUCAAGGCUGUUUGCAAAGGAGACAAGAACAGAUAAGAAACAUGAGCGAUAAUGAUAAACCAUUUGCUUGUAAAGUCCCGGGAUGUGGUCAGGUAUGUACAGAACUCGAAAUUCUUUUAACAAAACAUAGACUAUGGCAGCAUGCUUUGUAAAGAUGAGGUCAUUUUGUAGCGUUAAACUGACGUCAGUCUAACACUAAACUCUUAUGUAAUGUCGAUUGAAUUUCUUGGCUGCUUUUCAUAGACAUUCACGAACAAUGAUCGUCUCAUGAUACAUCGCCAAACUCAUUCAUUGAGAGUGAAAAUCGGCAAGAAAGGCGAAGAGAGCAUACCCGGUAAGAUGACGCUGCUAAAUAUUACUAUCCAUUUUGUCUUCGAAUUGUUCGAUUUUAGAAAAUAUAUCAUAUCCAUAUAAAGUUUUUGCCCAGGCUUAGAUAUAUAGUAUAAAACGUCAGAUAUAUAAUAAUAUCAUGUUCUCUUUAAUACACUGUAUAUUAUAAUCUGAAUCAAAUACUGUAUAUGAAACAUAUAAAACAAGUUUACAUGAACAUAAUUUAUAAGGUGUGUAAAUUAAAGCGUAUUAAAAAUGUGUGUAAAAGGUAUGUGUAGGAAUCGAUUGACCAGCUCUGAAGCCCAUCCACACAUAUAUUUCAUUCCGUAAUCACAGCCGAACCCAACCCGUUAUUGGCUACUCAAUAACUUUUCCAAAGAUUAAUGUCGGUUUUCCUCCCGGUUAUUUUGUAGUUGCAGAUUCAUUAGUUCAGCAGAUCCAUUCAGUAGAAGCAAUAUGGUCAUGAUAGAGUGACGUAGCAUGUAGUACAAUCUAGGGGCCAAAAAGUUCUGGCCAGAGCCAGAUUCAAUCUUUCAACCGGUUGUUGAAAGAAAUCUGGCCAGAGAAGCUCCAGUCAGCAACUGAAACUGAGUUUACAGUAUAUAACAGUGGCAGCAUUAGCUCUCGGCCCCUUCAUAAGUAAAAUCACCUGGCGUUAGACAGAGUAAAAUAAUAAAGUAGAGCACAUUGCCACAAUACAUAUAUUACUUUGUUUGUAUGUCAGUCAGGCUUACACUUUAAAUUAAAUUGUGAAGGAUAUACCUUAAAAAGUUAAAUUAUAGUCUGACCAAUGUAUGGUACAAUAUUUUGUAAUACUGAUACAUCAUGAUAUUUUGUGCACUCAUGAUGAUCAUAUUGAACAUAUAUUCAUAUGGAGCAUGAAUAUUGUGUAAUUGAGUUGAGUUUAAUUAGAGUUGAGUGUAGUCAAACAUAUGCGCCCUAGCUGUAGGCCGAGGCCAGCCAACUCAUACAAUUUUCUUGUGUGUCACACAAUUUUACCUAAACCUUAAGUUCUGAUAGGUUAGUUUUCAUUUCACAAUUUCUAAAGAAUAUGAUUGGAUCUCCAAGGUUUUAUCACCUCAUAUGAAAGAUAAGAUUCAUUGUCCAUUUUUGACAAGCUUGCCAGGCUAUUCAAGCUGUUUCUCUUUAUAUUGAAAAUAAGACUAGUACUGAUCUUGAUCAAUGGUGUAACUUUACUUUUUUAACCACUUGUCCUCAGGGCAAGCUGAACAUGAAAGUUAGUUGCCCUGAAUAAAAUUCACUUGCCAUCAGACAAUGGCCACUGGGGUAUACUUAGGUAGGGGGUAUAAAUUAAGUGGACAACAUGUCAACCCCUUAUCCCACUGCUCUGUAUGGCUAUGUUAUACUGCCUCAGAUCUUAGCUCUGGCCAACAAAAAAAAUUGAAUCAAGUACAUGCACUAUAAAAAAUUUAUCCGACAAUGGUGCCCAGUUUUUUGUGGCAUUAGGCAACUUGCCCAAUUGGGCAAGCAAGAUAAAACAUUUACUUGCCCAUCAUGAUAUUCACAUGCCCAGGGCACACCUCUAUUGAUAUUGAAAGUAAUACUGAUAUUGGCUACACGAACGAACUUCAGGCAGCCAUUUUUUGUGCAUGAUACUAACUAAAACCAAGUAUCAUUGACACAUUUGUUUAAGGGUCAAGAAAUGCCUAAUUCUUGCAUUUUAAUAACAGUAACAUUUAUUGUCCAGACAAAAGGCAUGUAAUACUAUACACAUUUUGAGAUGCAUGUUAAGCUCACAUGAUUGUUCAAGCACGUCUCCUGGCAAGGCCUCCAAUGCAUUCAAAUAUUUGAUUGAUGAUCACUAAGGGUUCUGUUGCACACUUAGUACAAUGUGAUCCAAACAUUUAAAUUUGAACAGAUCAGAACAGUUCAGUUGAACAUUAAAAUGGAAUUUAAAACCUACAUUGUGACUGUGCAAUAACUAUGACUGUACACUUGGAAACCUGCUGCAACCAAAAGAAGCUUUACAAUCCUUAUGUCAGAUGUUUUCAUUGUCCUUAUGUAAAGUUGUAUGCAAUAUUCUCUAGAUCAAACUCCAACCCCAACAAGAUUUUUAAGAAACUGUGAUGAAGAAGGAUUGUUCGAAGAACUGGGUGAAAAUGAUGACAAUCCUUUUGAUAAAGUAUGUACUAACAAGUUGUAACCUCAUACCCAGGCUUUUUCCUCUACACUUUUAGCAUUGCAGGACUACUUAAAUAUAUAAGUAAACAUAAUUUAGAGUAUAGAAGUUUACACUGAUUGUCAAUGUUGAGAAGUGUAUUUUUUUUUAGGAUUUUAAAUUGGCAACAAAUCAGCCGUCACAUGAAAAGAAGGUACCUGUAUUUUGAUUAUUAAAAGUCAAACCUGACCAUUUACAGUAAUUAAAUCAUCUAUUAAGCCUCCUCUAUUUACCUUUUCAGGGGAAUUUAUUAACCCUACCUCUCUCUAUUAACAGGGCCCUGAAAUGGCAGUAUCCCUAUAUCCACAGGAUACUAAGGGACCGUUCAUUAUUUAUGCCUCAGGGGGGCACCGAAGAGAAAUGGGGUGGGUAACCAAUAAUUUGGUAUGUAGAAAGGGUGGGUAAAGGAAAAAUUAGCCUUUACUGAAUAGGAACCCUGUGGCAUGUGUCCUUUAUUUGAAUUUUUCAAACUAAUUUCUUUACUUGAGUAAAAAUAGUUUUGGAAUUCAAUGUUCAUGUGUAUUUAUCAAACAUUAGUAGUUUACAUAUGAAAAACAAGCUGUUUAUAACCAUACAAAUCUUGAGUUGCAUAAGGGUUGGGUAAAAGAAAAUAAUACUUCGAAAAUGGUUGGGUAAUUAAAAAAAGUAGCCAGUUUUUAUUUCUCUUCGGUGCCCCCCUGAGGCAUAAAUAAUGCGGUAUAUCAUGAACGGUCCCUAAGAUUUGGUUUUGGAUACCAAACUGUGAAUGACUUGUACCCCAACAGGAUAUUACAAAAUUUCACACAAUAGGUUAAAUUAAUGCUAAAUGACUUGUCUCUAGUGUUCUCCCAAUAGCUUUGAAUACUAUGAGACUAUGAGUCUGCCUUCUUGAAAAUAACCUGCCUUUGAUUUGGCAUAAAAAAAAAUACCUGUGGUUCCGGUUCCCGACCGACCCUAUUUUUUUUGCCGACCCUAUUAUUUUUUCAACGCAAUUGACCGUGCGACCCUAUUUUCUCCAGGUGGUUGCGGGCUGCUCAUGCAGCGUGCCAAUUUAAUGGCGUCUGUUGUCACACUAAUUAUUGAACCAAAUUGCCUAAAUUCGUCCAUCCUAUUGAUGUCGGGACUCUACUGCAAAUCACCCAGCAAAACACGGCAAAACCAUGAAAAAAAAUAUAUAUAUUUCCGACCUACCGACCCUAAUUUUUUCACGAUAUGAAACCGGAACCACAGGUAUUUUUUUUACGCCUUUCCAACUCACAGUGUUACUAGUUGUUGAGUUGUUACUAACCAGUGUUAUUAGUUGACUAUUGAGUCUCCUGUUAUUAUAAUUGUAAUUUAUAACAAUGCUAGACAUGUAGUGUAUACUUAUUUGGGUGGCUCAUGGAUGCCAAAAUAUAUGGUAACCAGUAGUGAGUAUCCAGAAGUGGGGAAGUGGGAUGAUCCUAAAUUCUCACUUUAGAUGGAUUGAUGCUAGAACUUUGAAUCCUGGUAUCCCAGUGGGGUACUGAAACAAAACUUAAAUUGCAGACCCUAAUUUAAAUUAACCCCCCUCCCCUCUAUUAACCUCUCCCGUGCAAGUAAGGAAGAUUAUUAAUUGACAUUAGUUUACUGCAUUUUGUACUACAUGUAACUGUGGUUUGGCUAAAUCAAACCUGUACAUGUAUAUUUGUAAAUUAUUAUUUAAAAAUUUUCAUAUUCUAAAGGCUGUGGAAAGUACAGUUGUCAACACACCUGUUCCAGUCACAGAAUUUCCUGUGCCAAAGAAAUUGUCAGUUGUCGAUGUUGAGACACACCAUGGCGAUGCUGGUGUUACUGCUCCUCCUGCUAUUCGAACAGUUGAAAUUGAUGGACGUGCUGGUGCAAUUCCCAAUGCCACUGACUUCUUACGUCAAACUGCACAGGCAUCUGAGCAAGUACAAGGUGCAUGAAAUAAUAUGCUUUUCUAAUAUACAUAGUACUAGACAGUGUAUUAUCUUUUAUGAGAAACUAAUUUACACAUUUUAGUAAUUUAAUUUAUUAGUAUCAUGUUGUAUCACCUCCAAGAUGAAUAUAAAAAUAUUUCAGUACUUAGCUGAAUAAAAUUUUAGUUACAUCCUCUUGGGUUGAGGUCAGGCACAAGAAGUUAUAUUGUACAGAUACCUCUAAUAGAGUCUGUAAUACAUAUCUAAGUAUGUUUAUAUACAGUUUAAUUAUAUACAGAAGAUCACCGUUCAAGACAAUGAAACUACACACUAACACCACUGAGCGAAAUGUUGGGUUGCAAAUAUGAGUUGCCAUUGUAUUCUCGCUCUUAAAACUAACAGCUUACAAAUCGUAAAGUCCUUAAAACAUUUUGUCUUAAAUUAAUAUAAAUUUGGUUAAAUAAUAUAGCCUGGCAAGGAUUUCAAGCCUUGUUAUACAAUCCUGAACACUAGGUGCCAGUGUAAGUAGCAAAUUUAUGAUUCAAACUGCGAGUAUAGUCUGUAAGAAGUGUAUAGUGAGUAUAGUCUGUAAGAAGUGGAUAGUGAGUAUAGUCUGUAAGAAGUGUAUAGUGAGUAUAGUCUGUAAGAAGUGUAUAGUGAGUAUAGUCUGUAAGAAGUGUAUAGUGAGUAUAGUCUGUAAGAAGUGUAUAGUGUGUAUAGUCUGUAAGAAGUGCAUGUAUAGUGAGUAUAGUCUGUAAGAAGUGUAUAGUGAGUAUAGUCUGUAAGAAGUAGAGGUGUGCAAAUCGGAUUCGUUCGGAUUUCGGAACAAAAAUAUUCAUUUCGGAUUGGAUCGGAUUGAUAAAGUUGUUUCGUAGUCGGAUCGGAUCGGACUUCGAUAUUCGAAAUAAAAUUAUCAACGACAGAAACAAAACAUUAGUAGAAGACUAUGUAUUUCUUGCUUUUAUAUUUAUUUGGUUAAAUAAUUCCACUUGAAUGAGAAAUUUAUUUUAUUAAAGGAUUCUUCACAUCGGAUUGGAAUUCUUUAUCAAAUUUCGGAUCGGAUUCGGAUUAUACAAUACCGGAUUGGAUUUUAAACAUUUGCCAAUUGUCGGAUUAUAAACGUCCGAUCCGAUGCACACCUCUAGUAAGAAGAUUCAACUACUUGUUCUUUUAGUAAUUUUGAAAACUAGCAGUUUGUAGUACAACCUCGAAAGCCAGGGUCUUUAGCCCUCGCGGAGGUAUAAAGACCCUGGCUUGCGAGGUUGUCUGUAGUAUAGAUUGGGCCAGUAAUUUCAAAUAUAUUUUAUUUGUAGAUACAAAGAUCACAGUAAAAUCUCCCACUGUCUCAGUUUUGGUUGCAAGAAAUGUGAAUAGUCGUAAGGCUAUCCCAGCAUUUAUUGCUCAUCCUGGUAAUGCCGUACCAAAGGCCACUCCUGCGCCACUAACAGUAGUGAGCAAUGCAGGCAAUGUACAGUCAAUCCAGACACGAGCUAUUGUCGUCACACCAACUGGAACUGGGAAAUCUGCAUCCUUUGUCAAAAGUGCAAAACAGGUAUUAAAUACAAUAUGUGAAGGCCAAUAAAAGGUACAGUUACACGUUUCAAGACUGUAAGGAAGUCAUGUGAUCGUUGCCAAAAGUAGAACUCACUUCAAGGAAAUACCCUACUACGCUCGAGCCAAACUAACAUACUUAACUCUGCGGUAGGGGGUACCCCGCCAUCCGUAUCUGCCACCGGUGCUUCCCAAUAGGCAAUAGACCUUUCUCCCUUUGAGUGAAAUUUUGAUCUAGACAAAUCUGGACAAAAAUUUCAUUACAGCUUGAAAGAGCAUCACAAAAUUAGUAAUAUUCCGAAGUUUCGUUGCGAAAUGUUGUAAAAUGCGGAUAAUAUAGCCUUGCGAAGUUUGCCAUUUUUCAGUCAUUUGGUAUUACAAACGGGAAAUUGAUAAUCAGAUGAUCAAACUGAUGCAAAAUCUUAGAUUGUAAUGCAAAAUGACUGAAAAACGGCAAACUUCGCAAGGCUAUAUUAUCCGCAUUUUACAACAUUUCGCAGCGAAACUUCGGAAUAUUACUAAUUUUGUGAUGCUCUUUCAAGCUGUGAUGAAAUUGUUGUCCAGGCAUAUCUAGAUCAAAAUUUCACUCAUAAGGGGAAAGGUCUAUUCCAGCUUUUAAUUUAUGCGUGCAGGGGGGGGGGGGUGAGAAGUAAGGUAUCAUAUUGCUGAUUAUGCUGAAAAAAUAAAAAUGGCGGGCGUGUGAACACGAAGUGAUAGCUUAUACUUGUAAAUGUUGAAAUAUUUCGGUUGUUUCGGCACUUUUUAUUGAAAUUUUUCAGCAUAAUCAGCAACAUGAUACCUUACUUCCCGUCAUUCCCCUGCGCGCAUAAAUUAAAAGCUGGAAUUUGCUAUUCAGGGACUGGCUGUUCAUUUGAAGCCAGGCUGGCCCAGUGAACUGGGAUGAUUCGUUUAAUAAAGCUCUUAUCACGGCUUUAAAAACAUCCAAAAUGACAUUUCAAAGCUUACUUUCAAACGAUCUUUUAUGGUUAGGAAAAAAUUUCGCGCCACGAUUCAUCCCGACUUGUUCGUAUGAACAGCUCUUAUUAUACCAAUUAAGGUCUAGUAAACCCACUUUUCGUUCUGUUGGUUAUUGUGUCAACAGUGACAAAUUCCAUACACCUUCCAUUCCAUAGAUAUUAAAAGAAAGCAUCCGUAUUCACCAGUCGCAGGGCAAAGAUGUGAAAACCGACCUUGGAAAUAUCAUAAAUCAGGCUAUGGAUGAAGCCGUUUCUGCUGUAAAACGACCUCCACCCAGUCCAAAUUCUGAAAACGGUGAUGCGUUUAAGGAGAAAGAUGCAAAACCUAUGUAAGUAAUAUCCUGAUUUCUAUUAUAUAACAAUAUACAUAACUGGCUUUAGAGAAAUACAUAUCAUUGCAUCAAAUACGACCUUAAGGCUUAAGUACUAUUUAAAACUGUAUUCUUGUUUUAGAAAACGAAGUCGUCGAUCGCAAGAAGAUCUUACAUCAGAUGAAAAACGUGAAAAGUUCUUGGAAAGAAAUAGGUUAGUGUUGUUAAUGUUGUCACUAAAUAUAUUUUGCAUUCCGUGUCCAAAAUAUUGGAGUGCGAAUUGAGGUUGCCAAUAUUUUUCUAACCCAUGACCACAGUAUGUUUUAGAUAAUUAGUGUAAAAUACUUGGAAUUAGUCUUCCGGUCAAGGACGACUAUUGAGCUACGAAGUUAUUAUACCAAGUUAUUGCUGGUUGUCCUCUCGUCCGCUUACCUUUAUGCCAACUAAAACCUGCCUCUCCAUAGGCCCUGUUGCACCAUGGGAAGUGACCUUCCCAUGAGGCAUGAGGGCCUGUGGAAGUGGCUGAAUUAAAACAGCUAUGAGUUUACCUAUAGUUGUACUAUUAACUGUUCCAAUCUCAGAAUCCGAAUCUCUGCGUGCAGAGAAUCCGAAUUUCUGCGUGCGUUUACAUCUCUUGAUGUCGUGCUUGUUCAAAGACCAAUAAUUAUUUUACUAUACGGUUGGUGAGAUAACCUACCUGUACAAGUAUUCAUUUAUCUCAACAACGAAGCGAGAAAAACUAAAAUAAACGUAGGAUUACUUUCCAUAGAUUUAUUUUGCGGAAAGACGUCGGAAGGAUUAUCUUCACUUUACGCUAAUUAAAUUAAAUCAGUGGUGGAUCCAGCAAAGUUGGUUUUUUUUUGGGGGGGGGUGCUAACCAAUGGAGAAACAAGCGCCGAAGGCGCGAGAUUUCUAGGGUGGUCCGGGGCAUACUCCCCCGGAAAAUUUUUAAAAUUUGGGUCUCUGAAAUGGCAUUUCCAGCAUUCUGAGAAAACAUUUUGGAAAAUUUCUAGAUUCUCAAAACAUUUAAAAAUUCAGAAUAUUUAAUAUUGGCUAUUCCGCUAUUGUCAACUAGUGAUACGCAACUGAAUUCCUUAACAUAAGUUGUUUAGAAUUAGGAUAAACAUCAUUUUUGCAACCCCCCCCCCCCAUGCACCCCUGUUGACCAGAGCCUGGGGGUGCGCACCCCCUAAAUCCACCACUGAAUUAAAUCAUGACUUUUUAGAGCGGCAGCGACUCGCUGUAGAGAAAAACGGAAAAUGUGGAUUCACGCUUUAGAAAAGAAAGCAGAAGAAAUGUCGGAUGUGAACGGCCAAUUACAGGUCAGUGAUGACUUUUGCCCCACUGCAAGCAAUGUGUAAGGCUUUGCCCAGGAAUGAAUUAAGCUCCGAUAAAUAGAGGAUAUUACACGGCGGCGCGAAGGAUACAACUUUUAUCUUCGAGUGGUGAAAACAAUAUUUUACGAAAGACCGCAGCGAGUGAGUAAAAUAUUGUUUUUAACACGAGAAGGUAAAGGUCAUGUCUUCAAGCCACCGUGCAUGUAAUGUUCUGUUUAUUAUAUAGUCCCAAGCAAAAAAUUGUGAAAUUUCACGCUCAAAAGCAAAUUGGAUAAAGUCACGUGAUCGAUAUCUUCACUAGUGAAGAUAUGGAAAAUAUCUCACUGUCUAUUUUUCAGUAUCUCACUCUCUAUUAUAGUGAUAUAAUAAUUCGAUUUAUGAACUUACAUAUCGAUAAUUCGACCUAAGAAAAUGCGUAUUUCAUAUUUUAAAUUUUCUUGUAGAAUGAGAUUUCUUACCUUAAACACGAAGUAGCCCAACUGAAAGGUUUGCUCCUGGCUCACCGAGAUUGUCCGCUAUCAAUCAACCAACAAAAAACCAAUCCAGGAUUAUUUGAACAACUGGCGGCUGGCAAUCCUGUUGUCAUAGAUGUCACGGGUAGUGAGCAACAAACCGCUGAAGCCCUCGCUCAAAUGGCAGAACGAGCAACAAUGGAGUGUAAUAUAUAACGAACAUUCAACGUGCUGUACUGUAGAUAGCUGCAAAUAUUUCAUCAUAGAAACCGUAUAUACUGUACAUAUGCAUGUAUCUGCAAAAUCGUCUGGAAUUUUAAAUCCUUGUCUAUAAUUCAGACCAUCGCGCAUUAUUGUAUAUAUCUUGCACUAACAAACCACUACUUUAUAUACCGAUUUAUACAGACACUAUACCUGACCGCUUUAAUUAAGCCUGGUUCUCACUACCAAUUUUGUUCCCGAUUUUGUGUUUCUGACGAAUGCAAAUGAGUGAACUCGUACACAAAAGUAUAGAGUCCGCUGUUCAGAAGUAAACAAUUCUAAGUCUUUUGCAUGUCAUUAACUUGAUCACAUUUGCCAGGAGAAAAAUCGCCGACAGAAUUAGCCUUUCUCACGAAGGUCUAAAUCCACCAUUUUUGGGUACUAUUUUAUAAACAACGUGAAAAAUCUAAGCAUGUGAAAAUAAUUUUUCAAAUAUUUAACUGUAAAUCGAUUUAUAAUGAUUAUAUUUACAAGUUAUAACUAUAGUUAUAGAAAGUUUCAUUUUCACUGCUUACUAUCCCUGCUCUAAAAAGGUUGCCUCCCAAAAAUGGCGGCGUGAGAAAGGCUAUACUGUAAUUGCAAAACAUAAGCAUGCAAUUACGUCUUUCAGAAACUAAGGACUGGCGAGGACUGGCUUACUCAAAGAAUAAACAAACGAAGAAAGACGUUCUGGACCAACAAACAUUCAACGAUGAUAAUUUAUGAUGCAUGCAUGAGGUUAUUUUUAUAGCACAACGCUUUGCAGCACUGUACCUAUUUUAAUAUUAAAAUUAAAGUUUGGACACAGCUUACCUACAACUAUUACAAUGGUUAACCACUGGAUAAAUGUACGGUAUAUAUGGCAUCAUAUAUGUUUUGUAAAUACUACAAAUUAUAAAGUAAAUUAAAUAUUAUAUACUGCAAUAAAAUAAUGCGAAAUUGCUGCACUUGCUGUAGUUGUAGUGAACAUGCAUAUAUACAAACCUUUCUAGGACUAAUCGUGGACUGAUGGUGCAUUUCUUUCAAAACUUAGCAUAUCUUACGACAUAGAAGAAUGUAGCAGCUCUGAUAAUGUGCAAAGUCUCAAUUCCCAACUAUAUAGGUACCAUAUACAUGACAAUUAACAACAGCUUGCAUUCUACUUUUCAGUAUCUACAUGUAAUUCGUUCACUUACAGUCGAACAUGUAUAUAUUAUACAUGCAUAUUUCUCAUCUAUGAACAAUUUUCUGUAUUCUUGUACAGCAUGCUUUCGGUUUUGUCCAAAUAAAACAUUCAAUUGAUUGGUUUCAGUAUUUUAAUCCUGAUAAAACCAAGGUAUUUUUGAUAAAUGUACCAUGCCAUCUAUACAGGGUGUCUCAAAAAAACCGCUAUACAGGGUGUAUCAAUAAAAACGCAACCUCGGAAUUUCCUAAGAAAUCACUUUGCAAUUCUUAAGCAUAAAAGAUUUUAGGCCCCUGGGAAUUGAAAUCGAAUUGCUAAUAGAUCAUAUUACUGUUGUUGUGCAUUAAAUAAAUGCAUAAAUUUUGCUUUAUGCACUCGCGUGUGCAGUACUUUUGACAGUUAUGCUAUUUUAAAUUCCCAGGCGCCUAAAAUCUUUUGUCUUUAAAACAAUGUCGAUUUCUUGGGAAAUUCCGAGGUUGCGCUUUUUUUGAUACACCCUGUAUAUGGAAAUUCAACAGGCUGUCGUGCAUCAUAAACUAGCUAAACAAUUCAAUGUUUACAUAUGACGAAAGAACAGUUAUUUUUUAGUUUUUUAAUGAUACUCUUUCAGUGGCGUAGCCAGAACGAUAAUUGGGGGGGGGCAUAUUCAUAUAUUCGUGUUCUGCUUUAUUAAUUUCUUUUGAAAUCAAUUGUUGUUAUGGUAUGUGAACAGGAAUAUAUGAAUAUGCCCCCCCCCCCAAUUAUCGUUCCACUAGUCUUUUUAAAUCGUAACGAUGAGAAAUGGCCACAUACUCGUCCAAUAAAAAUUACCGGUUGAAAUCACAUUCUUCCACCGUUGGGAAUUGCAUGGAAAACGAAACAGACAAUUCCCAAGAGGGAAUUAUUAAAAUUGAAUGUUAAAUUGUCUAAAAUGAGCUCAACUCGUCAAUCUUCGAAUAGUGAGACGAUAAGAACGUUUAAUGAAACAUGGUUCAAUUAACCACUGAACAUUCGUAAUCAAAAGUUUAGGAAACAAAUAGCUUGCAGCAGACUCGCAUAGCUUUUGCAUUGAUUAACU